ACGCGUCUCGUCCCUCUGCUCAUUAUCACUGACCACAGACGCGUCACCUCCAAGGGACGCGUAAUUACUACGGAACUGCUUAUAAGAGAGCUUAGCCGUCUUCUUCAAAGUCGAUCUCGCCACUGACCCUGGCGGCACCAUGGACGACGACGACAUGUACAGCACGGGAACACCAUCCAUAGACACCCCUGAACUCGAAGAGACUGCCACCGAACAGCAGUAUGCCGCCCUGCGCACGUACCUGGACUCGGUGCCGUACGAGUGUGAAUCCGUGCAGGACAUGGAAUCUAAACUGGCCUACAUUGUGGGGAGAAUUGAUAUAUGUGCGAAGACGAAGAACUGGCUGGUACUGACGACGUGGGAUGGAAUGUUACAAUGCUGGUUACUUAUGCGGUAUCCCAUCUCUAAAUCCCUGAGAGCCAAGAUGGUACAUUUAUACUAUGAGCUCUGUUUACUACCUGGGAUAGAAGCACGGGUCAUCCGUAGCUGGGCCGAUAUGCUUUCCCGUCUGCUCUCGAACAAGCCCGGUAUGAAACGUAAGUUGGAGGCGGAAGACCUCCAACUAUCUUGGCAGCCCUUGUGGAAAGUUCUCCAGAGGGAGUUGUGGCCGAAGAAACGGAUACAGGACUCCUCGCGCAAUGUCAUCAACAUCCUGCUAUAUGUCGCGGAACUCUGUCAGCGGUACUACCCCGCUUCGGAGAUACCUAACAUGCUUUCCACGUUCCUACCGUUGUUCACCAAGGAUACAUACCUUACAAUGAUUCCUGUGAUAACCUCCUUCAUGCCGCCCACCCAUUGUCCUUUGUACCUGCCCCCACUGCUGAAGAUCUGGGAAGCUUUCAACUCUACCGUCGUAGAUGAUCGCCUUCUCGAGUUGAUCGGUGAUCUGUCCGAAGAACACGUCGCGGGCAAAGCAGGCGAUGCUGGAGAAGAAGGUGGCGCCGAGUGGAAAGAUGUAGGAAUCUGGACACAAGACCAGUGGACCUUCCUCAUGGGCAAAGCUUUAGGUUCAAUGAACGUCCCCGUUGGUGCCACAAGGGGUGCCAGUACAACGGGAGGGCACGCCGAUUCCAUGGCUGACAGACAAUCCCUGCGGAUCAAGAAGUCGAUCAGUAGGCCAAGUGCUCUUGCGAAGAUGAUAGUAUAUUCGAUGUCUGUGGACGGUCCUGUUCGUCAGGACAAUGCUACGCCUAAGGGUAAAGGAGACGCGGAGUCUAUAGCUGGAUACAUAGCUGGAUCCAGAGCCUUGGACACUCUGGAUCGGCUUAUCACUAGCACCGAGUCUUAUUUCCAUCCAUCGAAUUCAGGACCAUGGACCACGAGCCUGACAAGCUUCAUACAUCGGUUGGCCAGCGAGUUUAGCAAACGCUGGCACGAGGAACAGCAGGAAAGCUGUAAGACCCCAGUGGCGCAGAGGCUCACUCCUGCUAUCCGGCGCGCGUUCGUCAAUACGCUCCGUACACCUGCGCUCCUGGCUAUGUUCUCGAAAGAUCAGAUAUCGAUGAGCUAUUCCCAGGGCACCCUGCGUGCACUGGCUUUCUUAGAACCGAAGAUUAUCAUGCCCGACUUACUGGACCGAGCCUAUUCAGGGCUGGAGGUCGUGAACGAGACACACAGGACGACAGCUGUUCUGAGUAUGCUCUCAGGUGUCUCGCUGCCUCUUGUUUCCGAGAAUAUCUGGCUUGGUGGCCAAAAGCACGUAGUGCCCCUGCUCGAGCUGUGCUUGCCAGGAAUUGAUCUGAACGACCAUAUCAAGACCGUCUGUGCGUCCAUGUUCAUCGUGGCGACAGUACAGCAUAUCAAGAUCGGUGAUCUCUCAAUGCACCAAUCGGGACUGCCUCUAACAAGUGACGCACCGCCCGAGGAGUUGAUGGAUGUUGACGGGGAUACUCGCCUGCCAGAUAAUCUUGACUCCACCGAACCUGCGGUGGACCGAGAGGAAGAGAGAGCUCUUGUCAGAGAGAGCACAGCUGCUUUCGCCGAUUGGGUGACCUCGCUGUUCCGUCGAGUCCUCGCGCUCUACGAGAAUCUGCCGGAAGAAGGUGGAAAGAAGGGCACCACGGGGGGUAAACAGGAAGAAAGCGUGCUAAAGUCUAUCAAGAGUACUUUGGACGUAGUCUGCCUGCACCUGUCUGACUCUCUGUUCGACCUGGUGCUGAAAUUGGUAUAUGAGUACGGAACUACUAACGCGAAGAGCAAUGCGGUCAGGGCUUUCGGACAACUUGUUGCCUGUCUUGCUCGGGUGAAGCCACAGCAGACCAUGGACAAAUUCUUUCCAUUCUGCGCCAUGCAGAUUAAGGAGGAGCUAAAGCAUGGCGCAUCUAGCGUGAGGACGACUUCGGCACAUACGCCUAUACCCUCAGACACCACUCUGCACUGGAAUCUGUCAAUCCUCCGGGGUUGCCUGGGCUACGGUGGCUCCGCGAUUUUGAAACAUAGGCAGGAAGUUCUCCAAUUACUGUCUCUGCUGGUGGAGAAGACCAAGAACGAGCGUGGGUACAGCAGUACGGGACGUCUCAUUACCAGGAUUCUCCAUACCUUGGGAGGGGUGUAUCCUCUCAACAAUCGGUUUGUGAACACUGCCGAGUGGAAUGAUCCAGCUUUCAAUCAAGACCAUAACGUUCACUGGGGCCGGCUCUAUCAAGCCAAGGAUGUCGAAAUCGAGUGGCACGUCCCCGGGGACGAUGAAAUCAAAUUCAUUCUCGAUAUUGUGGAUGCCAUUGGUGAACAUGCUCUCAGCAAGGUGGAAGCGCUCCUGGAGCCCGGUGCAACAUGGGAUGAUGUCUCACGCAACGAUUUCUGUCGGUAUAUCAACGUGGCAAGGUCCAUCUGGAGUGGUUUGCCCACGUUCUAUAAAGAGGAGGCCAAAGAUGUCGUAAAUCCUUGCAUCGAAAGCGAAACCGAAGUUGCCGAUCUUCUUGUGACACCACUAGAUGUGAAUGCGGGAUUCACCCUUACCAAUCCCAAUGAUCCUAGGUACGGUAAAGUCCUCGCAGCACGCGCUCGAUACGGCCAUAUCAUCCAUCGUGCGGCUCUGGCCUUCAGAGAAGGGCAACAGGGAGAGGAUCAUAUUGACGUAGUGAUAGCCAUUGCGAAGUCGAUCGAUGUCUUCCUCUUAAACUAUGGGAUGACCAGAGGCAAUUUUGAUUCCCUGCAGAAGAACUUCGCUCAGGCCAGAGAGCUUCAUCGGAUGUGGCCAAAGCAACGGCAAAAUUCCCGUCUGGUGUGGAUAAAGCGGGCUCAAGUCUAUCACUCCGGACGAGUCUAUAUGCAUGCGCUAUAUCGGCGCCGUUCUGAACUCGAUGAUGCCCUUCUACUGGAUUUGGUGGAGUUCUCUUUGUCGCCUUACACGAGGGUAAGAAGACAAUCCCAAGCUAUUUUACACAAUAUCUGCGGAUAUUACGUACGCUCAACACGGUUCAUGCUGCCGACGCUAUUCGGUGCACUCACGAGAGGGAACGACCCCGAUAGAAUGAAAGGAGCUCUGUAUGUUUUAUGGAAUAAAGGCAUCGCAUCAUACGCACUGGCAGAUCGAAUGUUCCACGGUAAAUACCUGGUUGCCCUGCUAGAAUGUCAGCAUCAGGAAAAGCCUUCCAUACAACAACUUGUUGCGAGUCUCGCGCACGAUUCCCUCGUUCAUCUGUCGGAAGAGGCUAUACAUACCGACGCAUAUAAGGAAGAUACCUCGGGCGUAUUAUCUGGGCUUGAAGACCUGCAGACGGAAUUCGCCUCGCCAUUCACAGAUCAGAAGCUGUUACAAGAAGCUAUGAGUAAAGUCGACAAACGAGCCUCGCAGAGAGAGGCAGCUUAUCAAGAGACUGUAUCAUCCAUCUUGAAUCUCGCCCUCAAAGGCACAACCCAUUGGAGAUACGUACAGAUGGCCAUCAGAUUCAUGUACGGCCUUCUUCGGCGAGACGUGCAUACAUCCCCUGCCUUGGCCAGAUUUCUUCUUGAGAAUACGAUCAGCCCCCAUCCUACCAUCCGAACAUACGCACAGCGAGCGGUGGUGAAGCUUUCUACCUUCAUCAAGAUGCGCACGUAUGCCCAAUCCAGUGAACAACUCUGGUUGGAGCAAUGGUGCAGUCCGGUGCAGCGGCGAGUCGUGGUCGACAAUGGAGUGCAACUCUUUCAAUCGUUGCAAUACCCGAUGCCCCCUGGCAUUUCUCCCGUUGCUCUAUACGUGGAUAAGAUCCCUACAGGCUUUAUAGCUUGGACCAGGGACAUCAAGGCGUAUGUCCCGAUAACAGAGGGGUCUUCCUUGCUCGGAUGGGAACCCGCAUCGAAGGCCACUCUUGAGGCGAUGGAUCAAGUGGCGGAUGAGACAUACUUCGGGAAGUUAGCGCAGCUCUGGGCCCAAGAGUCAAAUAAAGAUCGAAGUACCACGGAUCUCCGCUCAGACAAUGCUGUCUUCGCCAAGACCCUUGCAAAAAUACUGGGCGGUAGCAACCUUGACGCAAUUCUAUCCACCCUCGAUCCUCUUUUGUCCGACCCAGACAAGUUCAAGCAGAGGGCUGGAGGGGAACUUCUGGUUGGCCUUUGGCGAGGGUCAAAACAUUGGCCAAGAUCGCUGCAUGAGCGCCUAUGGACAUGGAGCAUGGCCCGUAUAGGCACAAUAUUUGCUCAGAUCAAACCUGAUACACUUCCCUUCUGGGAAAGCGUAUUAACCCUGCAGUUGGCUGAUUGGGAUCCUCGCCGAAAUCAGCCAUUAGUAGAUUGGAUAUUAAGCCUACCGCUAGAAUUCCAUGGCGACUCGGCCUUUGAAAUGAGCAAGACCCUGUCCAUGUUUGCUGUCUUGGUAGACUGUCUUGGGGCUCGAUUUUCGAGCAUGGCGGAUCAUUACUUCGACGUUUGUAUCACAAACGCCAAUACGGGCUACGCAGAAAUGAGGGCACAUAUUGCUCAACUGCUCUAUGUACUAUUGAGGACCAAAUGGGAGCCUUCAUACCUCUCUGUAGAAGCAUUUGUUGAUGCGUGCUCGAAGUCUGACGACCCUCUACUUAUACGGGGAGCUCCAUAUUUUGACCGUAUACAAGGGAUAAUUCAGCAACUUCCGGUAUGGAAAGAACAGCGGUUACCGCCACCGCGAGUGAGCCAAUCACAGUACGAUAAAGUCGGGCUGACUUUGUUGCAAUGGAUCUGGGUGUCAUCUUACGGCCCGCAGGCCUGCAUGAUGUUUCCUUAUAUCGUUGCCAUGUUGCCAGAGAUCCUCCGAAUGACGGAGCUUAGCGACAGUUCAGAGUUGCAGACCUACAGUUCCGCAGUCCUAUAUGUCCUCUCCGCCGUCACGCCUCCUGCAGAGUACAUCGACCGAAUUCUGGAAGUCUACAUUGACGCGCUGAAAUCCGCAAAGUCAUGGAGAAUUCGACUCAACGUCCUCCCGAGUCUGGUGGUAUUCUACUUCCGAAAUCUCCUCAACAUAUCCGACCGCUCAAUCUCGGGCAUAAUGGAUGUAUUACUCAGUUGUCUGGCGGAUGAGAAUGUCGAAGUCCGAGAGAUGAGUGCGAAGGUGCUAUCUGGAUUAGUGAGGUGCUCCCAAAGGCAGAAGAUCGUGCCUUUGAAGAAUCGCUUCGUCAGCCUAGCGAGGAAAACCAAGUUACCGGGUCGCCAAGAUCCUUCGUAUGCUGACUCCUUACGCACACUCCAUUCAGCUAUCCUUGGGAUAUGUGCCCUGAUAGAGAGCUUCCCGUACUCCGUUGAGAAGUGGAUGCCACCUUUGACCGAAGUCUUAGCAAGACAUUCGACUGACCCUCCACCUGUAUCCACGACAAUCCGGAAGUGUGCUUCUGAGUUUAAGAAGACGCAUCAGGACACUUGGCAUAAGGAUCAGCAAGAAUUCAACGAGAAUCAGCUUCAGGACCUGUCUACUAUGCUAGUCGGCACUUCGUACUAUGCAUGAGAAUGGUACUUGAUGCACCGCAUUUGAUCUAUUGUACAUCGCCGUGUUAUUAGAAUAUGUCUCGCUCCAGCUACUUGUUCUGACGCUUGGGAACUCCCCGUCCCGAAUAUUGUUGUGUGCACCCGAG